UGGCAACUGCGUUGAUAUUAGAUCAAGGGCUUCAUCGCGGUUAGCGGCUUAGCUGCCAACGCUUCUUAACUUUCAGGGUGAUCUCUUUCAUCAGGUUAGCCCUUCCGCAGUAUAUAGGUACGAAGCAAUUUCUGCCUUCAGUCAUGACUAGUUAGUUGUUGCAAUGGAUUGAGGUCUCCGCCUAAUCAAACUUUUUUAAAACAUAUGUAUAUGCAUAUUAAAAUAUCAGAUUUAAUGUUGCACCUAUAAUUUAUAUAUUAACAAUGGAGUUACGGUUUGGAUAACAUCUUAUCAACAUGUUCCUUUAUCGUAGAGAGCCGCAGGGACUGCUAUGGAAAUUGCUGUUAAUGGGAGUGACAUUGGCUGCUGAUUGUCCAUCUAUGUGUAUUUGCGAACCUUUCAAGGUAACUUGCAAAGGCAAAGGUUUAAAUGCUUUUCCAGAAAGCCUUCCAUUAAACACCAGGCACCUUGAUCUCUCAGACAACAGUAUCUCCGAAAUCAAUUCUCUGGAACUCAAUCUGCUCGUUGAUCUGGUGCACCUGGAUUGUAGCCACAAUGCAAUAUCGGAGAUUUCAAAGCUGGAUUUCCUCUCUGGCAUAAAGCUAGUUUAUUUAGAUUUCAGUUACAAUGCCUUGACACAAAUUGGCUCGACGACGUUCGAAAGUUUAACUAACCUGAUCGUGCUGAAGGUCAAUAAUAACAACAUAAGCAAAGUGUACCGGGGCGCCUUUGAGACAAACAUUGGACUUCGGGUUCUUGAUCUCAGAAACAAUAGUCUCUCAUUUUUUAACGUUUCUUUAAUACGAGGCCUUCAAGGACUAAAAUCCGUGUACUUGUCUGGUAAUCCCUGGGAUUGUCAAUGCACGAUUAGACUGCUGAGUCAGUGGUUAAAGGAAAGCAAAGUUACUUUUCCAGAUCAUGAAGACACUAUCUGCUAUAGUCCAAAAUCAAUGGUUGGAAUCCCAGUCUCUGGAGCCUUAUACAAGAUAUUGCAGAUCUGUCUCACACCUCUGGAUUACUUCGACUAUAUAUUUUUCGUAGUGGUUGGUUUUGUAAUAUUUAUCAGUGGCAUCAUUGUAGCCUCAAUCACAGGUGCAAUCAUGGUCUGUUUGGAGCGUCACAGGAGGAAUACAGAAAAAGAAGAGAUAGAAAUAGCGAUGUAUCAAGCAGAAGGGUCUACAGUGAGAUUUAACAAUAUCGAAACAUGAUAAAGGUCUUCUCAGGAACAUCUUGUCACAAGGAACUCUUUACUUUAUCAGUAAGGUCAUUGGUAGGAUGGUUCAUGUUAUGAGUUAAAUUAAAAUGAAUUAUUUGCUAACCAAUGGAUCAAUAUAAUGAACUAUGUAGAAAACUCAAGGGCAUCACUCAGCAAAAUCAUCAUGGUUCAAUUAUGUAAUACAUUCUUUGCAAUUUAUAUAUUUUCAGAAGCACACAUUUAUUUUGUAAGCUAUAUGCCAAUAAAAUUUAUUAUACAUUUCCAAUACUAUUGACUUUACCAUCCGAAUGACUAAUGUGCAUUGUGUGUUGAGAACAAAAGUCCCCUUUGGCCUGCUGAUAUACAGAUAUAGUCAGAUUGACACCUAAUAUGAUUCAGCACAUCAAGGCAUUUCUGAUCUUAUUUUUCCAUACAACUUUCUCAGAGAUAGAAAGUAGCUGGAUACAGCUGCAUGAAUGGUGGGGGCCUAGCAAGUUCCCCAUUGGAUGUCGCUCACUCCUGGGGAAGAUUGCUAUUCGAAUAAUGGAGAUGGUGUUCAAGAGCCACGAGGUAAUGUUGCAGCCCUGUAAAGCUCAGGUCAGACCACAUAUAGAGUAUUGUGUUCAGUUCUUAUCACCUCAUUAUAAAAAGCUUUAGAGAGAAAGCAGAGAUUUACCAGGAUGCUGCCUGGAUUACGUCCUAUCUGUACAGAAAAACCUAAUUCUAUCAUUACCAGCAAACUUACAUGCAUAUUGGAUAAGAUGUCAGGAAGGGGAAGUCGAGAGUACACUGGUCCUCAUCAAGGGAUCUGCAGUAGAAAGGGUGAGCAGUUUCAAGUUUUUGGGUGUCAGUAUCUCUGAAGAUUUAUCCUGGGCCCAACAUAUUGAUGUGAUUACAAAGAAGUCACGACAGCACUUAUAUUUCAUUAUGAGUUUGAGAAGACUUGUUACGUUACUGAAGACUCUCUCAAGUUUCUAUGGAUGUACCAUGAAGGGCGUUCUAACGGGUUGUAUAACUGUCUGAUAUGGAGGGACCACUGCACAGGACUGAAAAAAGCUGCAGAAGGAUGUAAACUCAACUCAGCCAGCGCCAUCAUGGGCAUUAGCAUCCCAAGCAUCGAAGACAUCUUCAAAAGGCGAUGCCUCAGAAAAGCAACAUCCAUCAUUAAGGAGAUGCUUUUUUCUCAUUGCUCCCAUCAAGAAGGUUCAGGAGCCUGAAGACACACACUCAAGGUUUCAGGAACAGCUUCUUCCCCUCUGCCAUCAGAUUUCUGAAUGGACAAUGGACCUAU